AUAGAAAGAUUUGUAAAAUCAUGUGAUUAGCAUUGAGGAGGUAAGGAUCCUCCACUACUCCACCUGCAACAGUCGCACCUGCUGGUUCAGUGUUAGUGUUGUUUUGUGCGAAAAUGGGUCGUGGAGGUGUUGGUUCAACAAGGUCCGAAUUUUUGGCCGAAGAUUCGGUUGAUGAUAUCAGAUAUCACAGAAAUGGGGGAUGUUUUGUGACCACUAAAAGGGCCAUAGCUUUCGUUCUGGUAGCUGUUGUGUCCUUGCUUCUGGUUGUGAUCUUGAUGUACUACUAUGGACCUAGUCGGAAGUUGGAAGCGUUGCAAGACGACAUGAAAGAUAUCGAGGAACUGAUCAACAAGACAAUAAAUGAGGAGCCUGAAGAAAAUAUCCGACUACCAACAAACCUAAAACCACUUCAUUAUCGGCUUAGAAUUUUUCCGAUUCUGGACGAGUUUUCGCCUGAUAAUUUCACUUACUCGGGAGAAGUGAAAAUAAUCAUUCGGUGUUUAACAAAAACCAACAAAAUAGUUCUAAAUUUGGAAGAUUUGGAAGUUAGUGAACACAACGUGACCGUAUCGACACUUAAAACCACAAUUUUACGUUACGAAAGUUUGGAUAAAGAGAGUGAUAAAGACCAGCCUGAAAUGUACCAGAAAAAUUCGACUCAUAACAGUUCGGUAAUAAUUGUGGAAAGUGAGAAUAAUUCAACGGAUGAAGUCCUGAUUGGGGCCGAAGCUAAGUCGCUCAUGAUCCAGGAAGUUUAUAAAGAAGAGAAUUAUAAGUUGUACAUCACUAUGAAGAAUUUGCUAGAAGCUGGGCAUAAUUAUACGAUUAAUAUAAAAUUUUCCGGGAAUAUUACUAAUAAUUUGGCGGGGUUUUAUCGGACGAGUUAUAAGGAUUUGUCAGGGCAGAGAAAAUGGUUGGCAACGACUUAUUUUCAACCAAUUUUUGCAAGAAGAGUGUUUCCUUGCUUUGAUGAACCAAAUUUUAAAUCGUCCUUUGAGAUCAGUAUUGCAAGGAGGACUAAUAUGACAGUGAGGUCGAAUAUGCCACUCAGGGAAACCGAGCCUAUUGCUGAAAAACCGGGAUGGGUUUGGGACCACUUUGAAAAGUCCCUCCCAAUGCCCACUUACUUGGUCUCAUUCACAGUUUGCGACUUCCACAAUUUACACUUAAAUUCAUCCGAGACCGGGCCUGUUAUAAAUUUGUGGGCCCCUCAGAGCGACUUACCCAAAGCCAAAUACGCGCUUGAAGCAGCUCAGAGCAUUUUAAUCUUCUUGGAAGACUAUCUAGGCAUUAAAUAUCCACUCCCAAAAAUUGACCUUUUGGCAGUUCCAAAUUUCGCCCGCGGUUCAAUGGGAAGUUGGGGCAUUUUAUCGUUUCAAAAAUCCUCAAUCCUCCUUGAGGAACAUUCGAGAAAUUGGGAGUUGAAACAGCACAUCUUCAUUGCUUUGGCCCAUGAAUUGGCCCACCAGUGGUUUGGUAAUUUGGUCACAAUGAAGUGGUGGAACGAUUUGUGGUUGAACGAAGGCAUUGGGAGUUUUAUGGCCGAAGUUGUGCAAACUAGCUUGAAGCCCAGGUGGCAAAGCAGCAACGAUUUUCCCGUGAGGGUGAUGUACAAAAGCUUCAGUUUGGACAGUUUGAAGUCAACUCAUCCGAUUCAGACCGAUUUCACCAAAACGGUGCAAAUUGAGCAAAUUUUCGAUACGAUUAUACAAAGCAAAGGCACGAGUUUGAUCCGGAUGUUGAAUUAUACGUUAUCAAGGCCGGUUUUCCGACAAGGACUCCAAUACUAUUUGAAUAGUUUAUCGUACAAAUCAACCGAUCAAGACUCGCUCUGGAAAUCACUAACUGAAAUCGCUAAAAAUUCGUCGGUUCUUCCGGACGAUGUGACGGUGAAGAGCUUCAUGGAGUCGUGGACCAAACAAAAAGGAUAUCCUUAUGUAACCGUUGACCGGAAUUAUGACACUGGAGAGGCUGUUAUUACUCAGCAAAUUUUUAUUCAAGAUAAUGUCAACAAUAACACUUUGUGGUUUAUUCCGCUGAGCUUUACCACAACGGAUGAUGUUAUUCACAAUGCGUGGUUGAAAAAUGAAAGAAAUACAACUCUGAACAUUACGAGUCCGGGGAAUACUUCUUGGGUGCUUUUUAACAUCGAUCAAGCAGGUUAUUUUCGCGUAAAUUACGACAUCCACAACUGGAACCUCCUCAUCCGCCAACUGUUCCUCAACCCUUCGGAAAUCCCUGUGGCAAGUCGCAGCCAACUGAUCGAUGAUGCUUUCGAAUUAGCCCAAAUGGAGAUCCUCAAUUACAGUAUUCCACUGCGUCUCACCAAAUACCUGACUUGGAAAGAAUCGAAUUACAUUCCCUGGACCACAGCACUCAACAGUUUGGAGGAAAUCCGAUUCAUUAUCAACAAUUAUGAAUACACUGGAGCUUUUGAAACGUAUAUGACGCAUCUGAUUAGACACAAAUUUGAUUCGUUGGGAACGCGUGAAAAACCCGGGGAACCCCAAAACGACAAAAUCCUGAGGUGGAGGUUGACGAAAAUCGCCUGCGAACUGAGAUACGAGCCGUGCAUUCGGUGGGCACAGAAGGAGUUUUACGCAUGGAUGGAAAAUGCAGAUCCUGAUGCGAAAAAUCCGAUUCCGUUUGAGUAUCGCUCGACGGUGCAAUGCAUUGGAAUUAAAACAGGGAGUCUGAAGGAGUGGGAUUUCCUAUGGAAUCGCACUCUUGAGCCUCAAAUAUCGCCAGCUGAUUUGAAAACUGCAUAUUUGAGUCUGGGUUGUACGCACGAUCCUUGGCUCAUUAACAGGUACUUGGAGUUGUCUUUAAGUGGCAAUAUUACGCUGGAAUACAUCCCUUAUGUCUGGCAGUCAAUAAAUCACUUUGUUGGAAUUCGGACAGGUUUCCAUUUUUUGAGGUUGAACUGGGAACGCGUUUACAGUACUUAUGAGGAUGUUGAUUUGGUGCUUAAUUCAAUUUGCCAAGACUUUCUCUCCUAUUUGUCCACAGAGAUUGAUUUACAGGAUUUGACUCAAUUCUAUAAAAUACAUCAGAAGGAUUUGAAAUCGGUGGCACCGCUAAUGCAAGCUGCAGUUGAUUCAAUCAAAAUUCGAAUCAGUUGGAGGGAAAGGCACUUGAAUUCAGUCGUCGCCUGGCUGACGAAUAAGUAACUGAACUUAUAUUCGUGUUUUUGUAAUAUAUUGUUGAUUAAUUUAAUAAAGUAGUGGUAAGAAA